AUGUUCCAAUUCCAGUUCGAGAAGGAAGAAGACUUACUAGCAGUCUUGGAGAACAGACCCUACCACUACUCUAGAUGGAUGGUUAUUGUUCAACGAUGGGAGCCAACAGUUUCCAAAGACUUCCCUUCUAUGAUACCUUUUUGGAUCAAAGUACAAGGAAUCCCGAUUCACUUGUGGGCAGAAGAAACAGUGGAAGAUCUGGGCAGUAAUCUAGGCUUAUUUGAGCGUGUGGUGAUCACGCAAACGUCAGUGAAGAUGAGAGUCCAAGUAAACGGUCUACUACCUCUAAUCAAAUCCUCAGUUAUUGAGUACUCCAAUGGAGAUAAGCAACUAACCCCAAUGGGGAGGAGAACAGAAGGGGUCGGAGCUAUGAUCCGAGAGAACCGAGAUAUGAUGCUCGCCGGACCCUGGAGGACAGGCGUAGAUAUCGCUCCAGCUAUGAGACAUCUAGCAGAGGAGUUAGACGAGAAAACUCAAAAGAGAGGCAACGAAGCUAUGAUAGCAGGUCCUCUCAACUGA